AUGACAGCACAGCUUGCGAGGACAGCUCAAACUGAGAGGACUGCUCAACUUGAGAGGACAGCUCAACUUGAGAGGACAGCACAACUUGUGAGGACAGCAUAUCUAGAGAGGACUGCUCAUCGAGAGAGGACAGCUCAACUUGAGAGGACAGCUCAACUUGAGAGGACAGCUCAACUUGAGAGGACAGCUCAUCUUGAGAGGACAGCUCAACUUGAGAGGACAGCUCAACUUGAGAGGACAGCUCAACUUGAGAGGACAGCACAACUUGAGAGGACAGCACAGCUUCCGAGGACAGCAAAGCUUGCCAGGAAAGCAAAGCUUGCGAGGACAGCACGGAUUGCGAUGACAGCACGCUUGCGAGGAAAGCACAGCUUGCGAGGACAGCACAGCUUGCGAGGAAAGCACAGCUUACGAAGGGCAGCACAGUUUGCGAGGACAGCACAGCUUGCGAGGACAGCAGAGCUUGCAAGGACAGCACAGCUUGCGAGGACAGCACAGCUAACGAGGACAGCACAGCUUGCGAGGACAGCACAGCUUGUGAGGACGGCACAGCUUGCGAGGACAUCACAGCUUGCGAGGACAGUUCAACUUGAGAGGACAGCUCAACUUGAGAGGACAGCUCAGCUUGAGAGGACAGCUCAACUUGAGCAGACAGCUCAACUUGAGUGGACAGCUCAACUUGAGAAGACAGCUCAACUUGAGGGGACUGCACUACUUAAGAGGAAAGCACUACUUGGGAGGAAAGCACAACUUGCGAGGACAGCAAAGCUGACGAGGACAGCAGAGCUUGCAAGGACAGCACGGCAUGCGAGGACAGCACGGCUUGCACGGACAGCACAGCUUGCGAAGACAGCACAGCUUGCGAGGACAGCACAGCUUGCGAGGACAGCACAGCUUGCGAGGAAAGCACAGCUUGCGAGGACAGCACAGCUUGCGAGGAAUGCACAGGUUGCGAGGACAGCUCAGCUUGAGAGGACAGCUCAACUUGACAGGACAGCUCAACUUGAGCGGACUGCUCAACUUGAGAGGAAAGCUCAACUUGAGAGGACAGCUCAACUUCAGAGGACAGCUCAACUUGAGAGGACAGCUCAACUUGAGAGGACAGCUCAACUUGAGAGGGCAGCUGAACUUGAGAGGGCAGCUCAACUUGAGGCGACAGCACAGCUUGCGAGGACAGCACAGCUUGCGAGGACAGCACAUUUUGCGAGGACAGCACAGUUUGCGAGGACAGCACAGCUUGCGAGGACAGCACAGCUUGCGAGGAGAGAACGGCUUGCGAGGACAGCACAGGUUGCGAGGACAGCACAGGUUGCAAGGACAGCACAGCUUCCAAGGACAGCAAAGCUUGCGAGGACGGCCCAGCUUGUGAGGACAGCACAGCUUGCGAGGACAGCACCGCUGGGAGGACAGCACAGCUUGCGAGGACAGCACAGCUUGCGAGGACAGCACAGCUUGCGAGGACAGCACAGCUUGCGAGGACAGCUCAGAUUGAGAGGACAGCUCAACUUGAGAGGAGAGCUCAACUUGAGCAGACUGCUCAACUUGAGAGGAAAGCUCAACUUGAGAGGACAGCUCAAUUUGAGAGAACAGCUCAACUUGAGAGGACAGCUGCACUUGAGAGGACUGCACAACUUGAGAAGACAGCACAAUUUGCGAGGACAGCAAAGCUUGCUAGGACAGCAAAGUUUGCGAGGGCAGAACAGCUUGCGAGGACAGCACGGCUUCUCACAGAGGUUGGGAGGUCAGCUCAGCUUGCGUGGACAGCAGAGCUUGCGAGGACAGCACAGCUUGCGAGGACGACAUGGCUUGCGAGGACAGCACGGCUUGCGAGGACAGCACAGCUUGCGAGGACAGCACGGCUUGCGAGGACAGCACAGCUUGCGAGGACAGCACAGCUUGCGAGGACAGCUCAACUUGAGAGGACAGCUCAACUUGAGAGGACAGCUCAAUUUGAGAGGACAGCUCAACUUGAGAGUACAGCUCAACUUGACAGCUCAAUUUGAGACCACAGGUCAACUUGAGAGGACAGCUCAACUUGAGAGGACAGCUCAACUUGAGAGGGCAGCUGAACUUGAGAGGGGAGCUCAACUUGAGACGACAGCACAGCUUGCGUGGACAGCACAGCUUGCGAGGACAGCACAGCUUGCGAGGACAGCACAGCUUGCGAGGACAGCACAGCUUGCGAGGACAGCACAGCUUCCGAGGACAACACAGCUUGCGAGGAGAGAACGGCUUGUUAGGACAGUACAGGUUGCGAGGACAGCACAGGUUGCGAGGACAGCACAGCUUCCAAGGACAGCACAGCUUGCGAGGACAGCACAGCUUGCGAGGACAGCACAGCUUGCGAGGACAGCACAGCUUGCGAGGACAGCACAGCUUGCGAGGACAGCACAGCUUGCGAGGACAGCACGGCUUGCGAGGAAAGCACAGGUUGCGAAGACAGCUCAGCUUGAGAGGACAGCUCAACUUGGGAGGACAGCUCAACUUGAGCGGACAGCUCAAGUAGAGAGGACAGCUCAACUUGAGAGGACAGCUCAACUUGAGAGGACAGCUCAUCUUGAGAGGACAGCUCAACUUGCGAGGACAGCUCGAGAGGACAGCUCAUCUUGA